CGCAAGAUUUUUCUGAUCGGAUAAUCAAAGUUGGAGAUGGAAAGCUUGGACAAGUGAUUGAUGGAACUGCUGACAUUGAAAUUCCUCUCAAAUUUUUGAUUAUAGAUAACAGUUCACCCCUCAAAAGUAUAGCGGAUUUUACUUAUCCGAACUUAUUGGAGAAAAUGAGAAGUUAUUUUUUUAAAGAUACGGCACUACUAGCACCCACGCUCGAAGUUGUAGAAAUGGUAAAUGAAUUUGUCUUAUCCCUCAUUCCCAGAGAUGAAAUGGUGUACUUGAGUUCUGAUUCAUCAUGCCAAGCAGAUUCAGAUGUAGGUGUUGAUGGCGACUGGAUAACAGUUGAGUUUUUGAAUGAAAUCAAAUGUUCGAGAAUCCCAAACCACAAGAUAGUUUUAAAAAAGGGUUUCCACCCUUUCACUGCUCCAGUCCAAAUCCCCAAACGCCCUUCCCUCUCCUUCACUUGCUUUUCAGCCAAAUUUUCUUAUUCUAUGUUAGAGAUGAAAUUGAGUUGGUGGUGCGAUCAGGCUUCGAUCAGCGGGUCCCUAUCUUGCCUCGAUAACUCAUCGGCUUUAGACAGCUCUCCUCCCCCUCCAGCGGCAAAGGUGUGAGAUUCAAUAAUUGAUUACUACUGAAUAAGGUUGUUUGCUUAUACAAAAUGACACAUUUAUUGAGAAAAUUGGACUAUGCAACGGGAUAUGCUUUUACUUUUCAUAAUGNGCUUGGGUCCUUUCCUAUUUAUUACAAUCUUUCUUCCAAAAAAAGUUCAUUUUCUUUUUAAAAACCCCUACCAUGUACUCAGUGUGGUGUAUAAGCUUUUGGCUACUGUGUCCCUGCCAGAGUCUGUAUAAUAUAGGGAUUUUUCAAUGAUAAAUUACAAAACUAUCAACCGAUACCUUUGAGUUCGAGAGGUGCAUUGCUUGCCAGACCUCGCAAAUUGAAUGCGUAUUUGUUUUAAAUACUUGAUUGUUUGUAUAUGCUUGGUUAAUUACAUUUAGUUGUCAAUAACACGACCAUAAAUUAGUUGUGCCAAAGGAUUCCAAGUUAAUCAUACAUGAUGUUUGCAGGUAAUUGAGAUCAUCAAGGGGAAUAAGGAUAUUCCAAGCUUACAUAGGUUUCUGCAUUUCAAAGCAGGUCUAUUUCUCUACAAAAUUUUUUUGGUUUGUUUAUUCAACAUACAUAUUUGAUUUUUAAGUGUAUGUGUGUUGUUAAAUAAGCUCUUUAUUAGAAAACCAGCAAAAUGUUGACCAUCAACCAUUUGGUUCAAUUUUAAACUCUCUUGGUAUUUAUCUUUUUUAUUUUAGAAGUGACAUCCGUAUGCUAAAUUUGUAGGUUGAAGUUUAAAAGAUUGUUUGAUUGAUUAAUUGAAGAGUUGUGAAUCUCAAUUUGUGAGGUUUGAAAAAAAUCGUCAAACCUUACAAAUAAAAGGUAAAUUUUUAACUCUGUAUUUAUUUGCUUUUUUUUUGGUGAAAAAUUGCCCGUCUAGAUUCAGUUUCUGUUUCCACCUGGAGAGCUAUAUAAGAUUCUGCGACCCUCCAGUUGCGUCAGUUAGACGAAAUAAUCACCUGGCUACCAAUUUUUGCUUUCUGUUUCCAUGGUUUUCCAUUAGAUGUUGCUUCAGGUCUACAGAGUCAUUUUAUUUAUAAAGAUUAUGAAGGAUAACAAGUCUGAUGAUCGAACUACCAGGUUUGGGUCAUUUCUUUACAAUUUUGGAACAAGUGUUUUGGUUGGAAAAUUUUUUGUAUACUCAUCAAAUAAAACAAAUACUCCAUAAGUGUCAAAAAAUAAUCCAAUAUUUUUUUAUGGAGUCCUGGUGAUUGUUAUUGACUGCCCGUCCCUUCUGUUUCCCAUCCAUUUUGCCUCUUUGGAUUCACCAUCAACGGCGAUCAAGAGUUCCACCGACCACCAUCAACGACGAUCAAGAGUCCCACCGGUUGGCACAAGAGUUCCCAGCGGCCAUCAAGCGCAAGAGUUCCACCACACUUCUUCCUCUCCGUAACACCUGCUUGCUUGAUUCUUCUAACAGAGUGGGAAGAGGAACUAAUCACAGCUAGGGAUUCGCUGAUCGGUGGAGAUGAGGCAUUAUAUUAGAGAUUCCACAUUCAAACUUGCUCCCAAAUGAUAUUGGGGGUGAGAAUGCAGAAAAGAUUGAGCACUUUCUCUGGAUUUGUCCCAAAGCUUAAGAGGUCUGGUAUCACUAUUCUAUGGUGUUUUGAUCUGACUACUGAAGUUAGGUAAUCAACUCAUAUUUAGUAUAUUCACCUCAUAUAUAAGUUUUUUCCUUCAUUACUUGAAAAUCUAUUUUCUCACAACAACAAAAAAAGGACAAGUGCGCAUAUUCCUUUCUUGCAAUACAACCAAAAAUCUACAAUAUGCAAGCAUGCUCAUCAACUAGGAGUAGUUAGUGCAGCACGACCUCUAUCGACUGUUCAACUAGCUUUUUAAGCCUCAUCUUUGUUUUUGUUAUUAUAUCCUUUGUGUUUUUCUCUUAUGCAAUUACUUCUACAGUAUGCUAGCCACGUUCAUCUCACCAACGAAUUAGCCUAUCAUAUUUUAUAUUAGAGCAACAACCUUGAUUAAAAUAAGCAAACUCAUGAGUCUGAUUACCUAGCUACUAAAGUACAUUGCAUUUACUACAUGAUGUUAAUGUUUGUUUAGUCACGUGCAACGUCAGAUCCAAUACAUAUAUUGUUGAGAUGAUGAAAAACACAUGGAAAUGAAACAGAGAUCAUCAGAAAGAGGAGAAACAAGCCUCACACCCUACGUGUGAGGUGUGCUCUCCCUGUGCAAACUGUGCUUAUCAUGUUGCCCGCAAUCGAAAGUGCGAGCCUGUAAAGUUAAUCAGUAGAGAAUUAGUCAUUUUUAAUUGAUUUAUUCAUGAAUGUAUCUCUGCUAUGUGCCCCGUCGUUUCAAAACCAAAUUCAGAGAAGAGAGUUCGUUCUUUGAGUUUACAAUUGUGUCUUAGUUGAGAGCUUAUAACUGAUUCCAGAUGUUUGUGUUCUG